AUGACUAUAAACAAGUUCCAGGGACAGACACUUGAUAAAGUAGGUUUAUACCUCCCUUCUCCAGUCUUUUCUCAUAGCCAAUUAUAUGUUGCCCUUUCCCGCAUCCAGAAACCAUCUGGUAUCAAAAUUAUGCUCAACCAUACAUAUGACCCAAAUAUGCCACAAGCCAUUGUAUAUACUGAAAACGUUGUAUAUAACGAAAAGAGUCAUUAUACUGCGGUUAAUGCUCAGGAAGAUGUUACUGUGCAUAAAGAGGUACUUUCAGAGUUGACAUUGGUGAACAAAAUCGGUAGUUAUAAGCAACCAACGUUUAAGAUAGUGAAUAUACUUGUAGAAGAUAUUACUGGACAACAGGCAUCUAAGACAUAUUAUCAUAGCUAUUCUUUUAACUAG